AUGGAGACCAGGGAGGACAAAUCCCUGCAGCAGAACCUCGUGGAAGAGGCUGUUUUUAGUGGUGCCACAGUGCAGAAUUACAAUGGGGAGGGAAAGUUCCACAGAUCCCACAAGAGGAGGGGCUGCAAACCCAGCCCAGGCUGCUCUGAGAAGGAAAGAACCGCAUUGAGCCAGGAAGGUGGACAGAGCUUCAGCCAGAGCUUGGAGCUGGUGGCUCAUGAGCAACUUCAUGAUGGGGAGAAGCCCUACAAGUGCUUGGAGUGUGGGAAGAGCUUCAGGCGGAGCUCCCACCUGAUCAGCCACCAGAUAAUCCACACCGGGGAAUGGCCCCACAAGUGUGGGGAGUGUGGGAAGGGCUUCAGCUGCAGCUCCGCCCUCGUCACCCACCAACGCAUCCACACUGGGGACAGGCCCUACGAGUGUCCCCAGUGUCAGAAGAGGUUUCACACCAGCUCCGAUCUCCUCUGCCACCAGCAGAUUCACACUGAGGAGAGGCCCUUCCUCUGCCCUGAGUGGAAGGGUUUCAAGCACAACUCCAACCUUGUUAGGCACCAGCGCAUCCACACUGGGGAGAGGCUCUACGAGUGUCCCCAAUGUGGGAAGAAGUUUCAGACCAGCUCCAAUCUCCUCCUGCACCACCGCAUUCACACAGAGGAGAGGCCCUUCUGCUGUCCUGACUGUGGGAAGGGCUUCAAGCACAACUUUACCCUCAUCAGCCACCGGCGCAUCCACACCGGGGAGAGGCCCUACAGGUGCCAGGAAGGCGGGCAGAGCUUCAGCCAGAGUUCAGAGCUGGUGGUCCAUGAGCAGCUUCAUGAUGGGGAGAAGCCCCACAAGUGCUUGGAGUGUGGGAAGAGCUUUAGGUGGAGCUCCCACCUGAUCAGCCACCAGAUGAUCCACACCGGGGAAUGGCCCUACGAGUGUGGGGAGUGUGGGAAGGGCUUCAGCUACAGAUCCAACCUUGUGACCCACCAACGCAUCCACACUGGGGAGAAGCUGUACGAGUGUCCCCAGUGUCAGAAGAGGUUUCCGAGCAGCUCCAAUCUCCUCCAGCACCAGCGGAUUCACACUGAGGAGAGGCCCUUCCUCUGCCCUGAGUGCGGGAAGGGCUUCAAGUGCAACUCCGACCUCAUCAAGCACCGGCGCAUCCACACUGGGGAGAGGCCCUACGAGUGUCCCCAGUGUGGGAAGAGCUUCACCACCAGCUCUGACUUGACCAGACACCAACGGAGCCACCAAGGGGAAAGACCCACCCUGAGCCAGGAAGGUGGGCAGAGCUUCAGCCAGAGUUCAGAGCUGGUGGUCCAUGAGCAGCUUCAUGAUGGGGAGAAGCCCCACAAGUGCUUGGAGUGUGGGAAGAGCUUUAGGCGGAGCUCCCACCUGAUCAGCCACCAGAUGAUCCACACCGGGGAAUGGCCCCACAAGUGUGGGGAGUGUGGGAAGGGCUUCAGCUACAGAUCCAACCUUGUGACCCACCAACGCAUCCACACUGGGGAGAAGCCCUACGAGUGUCCCCAGUGUCAGAAGAGGUUUCCGAGCAGCUCCAAUCUCCUCCUGCACCAGCGGAUUCACACAGAGGAGAGGCCCUUCCGCUGCCCUGAGUGUGGGAAGGGCUUCAAGCACAACUUUACCCUCAUCAGGCACCGACGCAUCCACACUGGGGAGAGGCCCUACGAGUGUCCCCAGUGUGGCAAGAGCUUCACCACCAGCUCUCACUUGACCAGACACCAACGGAGCCACCAGGGAGAAAAGCCCCACAAGUGCUUGCAGUGUGGGAAGAGCUUUAGGCGGAGCUCCCACCUGAUCAGGCACCAGAGGAUCCACACCAGGGAACGGCCCUACGAGUGUGGGGAGUGUGGGAAGGGCUUCAGCUACAGAUCCAACCUUGUGACCCACCAACGCAUCCACACUGGGGAGAAGCCCUACGAGUGUCCCCAGUGUCAGAAGAGGUUUCCGAGCAGCUCCAAUCUCCUCCAGCACCAGCGGAUGCACACUGAGGAGAGGCCCUUCCUCUGCCCUGAGUGCGGGAAGGGCUUCAAGCACAACUUUGACCUCAUCAAGCACCGGCGCAUCCACACAGGGGAGAGGCCCUACGAGUGUCCCCAGUGUGGGAAGAGCUUCACCACCAGCUCUAACUUGACCAGACACCAACGGAGCCACCAGCGGACUGUAGCCACCGUUUAUUGGGACUGCCACCGCCACUGUGACCCACAAGGAAAGACCCACCCUGGGCCAGAAGGUGGACAGAGCUUCAGCCAGGGCUCGGAGCUGGUGGCCCAGGAGCAGCUUCAUGAUGGGGAGAAGCCCUACAAGUGCUUGGAGUGUGGGAAGGGCUUCAGGUGCAGCUCUGAGCUCAUCACCUACCAACACAUCCACACCGGGGAACGGCCCUACGAGUACCUCGAGUGUCCAAAAAUGUUUCACACCACUUCCACUCUCGUCAGGCACCAGCGGAUUCACACAGAGGAGAGGCCCUUCCGCUGCCCUGAGUGCGGGAAGGGCUUUAGAGAAAACAUCAGCCUUGUUACCCACUGGUGCAUCCAAACCAGGGAGAGGCCCUACGAGUGUCCCAAGUGCGGGAAGAGCUUCACCCAGAGCUCUCAUUUGACCAAACACCAACAGAGGCACCGGUAA